AUGUCAUCUUAUAUGGCUGGAGUAUUUGAUUUAGAUUUAGAAGUGGAUGCUGUUGUGGUUGCAGAUUCGGAUGAAGACGACAUAAUCGAAGUUGAUGAGUUACAGGUGGAUUAUGAACCCGAGCUUCACGUAAAUGCCAUCGUAGAGACUGAAGAUUCUGAAACUAUCAAUUUAUCUGAAGAUAAUGUAAAUCCAGGGCAAUGUAGGCGUCUUGGUCCUCAAGACUUUGAAUUACGCAAAGUUUUGGGCAAAGGGGGAUAUGGCAAAGUGUUUCAAGUCCGUAAAGUUACUGGUCCUGAUGCUGGUGCUCACUUUGCUAUGAAGGUUCUAAAAAAAGCCUCUAUAGUACGCAACCAAAAAGAUACUGCCCAUACAAAGGCAGAAAGAAAUAUUUUAGAGGCUGUGAAGCACCCUUUUAUAGUGGAGUUGGUAUAUGCUUUCCAAACUGGAGGCAAGUUAUACUUAAUAUUAGAAUACUUAAGUGGGGGUGAACUUUUCAUGCAUCUUGAACGUGAGGGUAUAUUCCUAGAAGAUACAGCUGGCUUCUAUUUGUCAGAAAUAAUUUUGGCAUUAGAACAUUUACAUAGCCUUGGUAUAAUUUAUCGUGAUCUAAAACCAGAAAAUGUACUCUUGGAUGCACAAGGUCAUGUGAAACUGACUGAUUUUGGAUUAUGCAAAGAACACAUCCAAGAAGGAAUAGUUACUCACACUUUCUGUGGAACAAUUGAGUACAUGGCGCCAGAGAUUUUGACUCGAAGUGGCCAUGGCAAAGCGGUAGAUUGGUGGAGUCUUGGAGCUUUAAUGUAUGAUAUGCUCAUUGGACAGCCACCAUUUACUGGGGAUAAUCGUACAAAAACUAUAGAGAAAAUAUUAAAAGGUAAACUUAUGCUUCCUGCCUACCUCACACAAGACGCCCGUGAUUUGAUACGGCGUUUAAUGAAGCGUUCAGAGACUCAACGCUUAGGAUCUCAGGGUGCUGCCGGAAUUCGUGGGCAUGCCUUUUUCAAACAUGUUCAUUGGGAUGACGUGUUUAAUAGAAGAGUGGAGCCACCAAUCAAACCUAGACUGACAAGUGAUGACGAUGUCUCGCAGUUCGAUACAAGAUUUACUCUACAGACGCCAAUCGAUUCGCCUGAUGAGUCUACACUUAGUGAAAGUGCCAAUCUUAUGUUCCAAGGCUUUACUUACGUGGCGCCUUCUGUACUGGACGAGAUUCAUAAACCGCGUGUUGUGACUGCACGUUCACCGCGGCGCCCGAGACUUCAACACCACCACUUCACCAUACCUCCGGCUUCCGCUCACUCCCAUGCUCAACAUGAAGACCUCAUGGACGUUCAAGGUUUACCUAUAUAG